AUGAAGACGUUUACUCUUUGGAAUGUCCUUACUCUGAUGGUGUUGGUGGACCGUGUGAAACGCGCACGGGGAUUCGCCGGUGGUGUCUACAACGCUGAACCGGAGAAGAAAGCCAAGCAAUUUGCUGAGCACUGGGGUGCCACAGGAUGCACGUCGCUUCGUGAUAUGGUUGAUCCAAUUUGCCCAGGGUAUGGAUUUUCGCUCUGCACGGCGGACCCAGUCGAUGUGAGCGGCUAUAAAGAAAUGUUGUGGCAGAAUGACGAAUACAACGAAGGCUUUCUUGCGUCACAUCAUGGUAUUGUAAAGGUUGAAUUGGUAACAAGAGGAUCUUUCAUGUGUCAAGAGUUUCCUCGUACCCUGCCAAAAUUCCUAUGGACUUUUUCGUCUUGCAAACAAGGACAUUUGUGUUCGUUUGCUUUCUACUGGCUGGCGGUUUACUCGCCACAAUGGCAGAUCUACAUGACGUUCAAAAACAUUUUCGUAGGAUGA